AUGAACUGGAACGGCUGGUAUCGUCUUCUGAAUCAGGGAAAUAAUAUCCGGAUGCCAGAAUUGUGUGUUAGUCAGGGCAUGUGUAGCACUGAUGUCCCUCUCUGGCUGAAUGGUUCUCACCCACGUCUGGAAGAUGGAGUGGUCACUCGGAAAGUCUGUGGAAGCUGGAACAAUGACUGCUGUUAUUUCAAGUCCUUCCCCAUUCAAGUGAAAGCUUGUCCGGGAAAUUACUACGUAUAUGAGUUUGUCAGUCCAGCCAUCUGUUCUUCAGUCUACUGUGCAGAUAUUGAUAGUAUUACUCCAGUUGAUGACCCAGAGAUCCCAGAAUUUAUAGAUCCUAUGACCACAACAACCACUACAGUGAUGAUGGACCCCUGCACAGAACAGAACUGCACUGAGGAUGAGUGGUGUGGGGAGAGAGAUGGCAUCUAUGGCUGCUUCUGUAAUGAAAGUCAUUCUAGAACAGGAGACGAGUCUUAUGACUCCAGAGAAACCUGCGAGAGCAGCUCUGGCACCAUGUCUCUGUCCCGCUGUCAGCUCUUUGAAGCUGGUUUCCCUGUUAAUGUCCUGCACCUGAGUGACCCCAGCUGCAAUGGAACUCUCCAAAACGGCAGACUGGUGUUCCACUUUGAUAACGAUGACCACAUCUGUGGCACAAAUCUCACGGCCAACGGUACCCACUUUGUGUACGAGAACUCUAUCCAGGGGGUAGCAGACUCAGCAGGAGGACCCAUCAACAGAAAGAAACAACUGGAACUGCGUUUCUCCUGCAUUUAUCAGCUCAGCCAGACACUCACCAUGGACAUGGAAUUCAACCCCCUGCAGAGCAUAGUGCACAAGACCCUUCCAGAUGGUCAGGGGAUGUACCAGGUCAGGAUGAUUCCCUAUCAGGAUGCUGCCUUCUCCCAUCCUUACGAUGGCAGUGAGGACAUAGUGGUGGACCAGAGGAUCUAUGUGGAAGUGAUUGUUAAGGGAGUGGACAGCCGUCAGAUUUCCACAGUGAUAGAUUCGUGUUGGGCCACUCCUGUGAAUGACCAGAACUUUGCUGUCCGCUGGGACCUCAUCAUUAAUAAGUGUCCUAAUCAAGAUGAUAAGACAGUGAAAGUGCUUCAGAAUGGUGUCUCCACAACUGGCCGUUUCAGCUUCAAGAUGCUGGCCUUUAAUAACUACUACUCCAAAGUUUUCCUCCACUGUGCCAUCCACCUUUGCCUUCUGCAGGGCAACAACUGUGCAGCGAACUGUUCUCCUGGACAGCAGCACAGAGCUGGCCGGUCUGUGGACAUCCACGACAAAGCCUCCAUCUCUGUGGGACCUUUUAUCUGGACUGCUGGAAGCACAGGUGAAUGAAAACAGUCCUGCGAUGUGUGGAUCUCUGGUCAUUCUCUUCGAGUCUUCUCUCCUUUAAUGACAAUAUUAAGACAAUCAAAAUAUGUGAUUUCAUAUUUUAUACACUAAUCAAAUCUCCAUUUAGCUGAGUGUAGCAUUAGAGUCUCAUUUUGACCAUGAAAGAUUGUUCAUUAUUAGAGAUCGUGAUUCAUUCGAGAUAUAGCAAAGAUAUGUUAAAGCUUGUAGAGUGAACAUCAAACACCUGUCAGAAUGCAGACAUUAU